CCGGUGCGGCGGGGCAGGGUCUGGGGCUAGUCAUGGCGUCCCCGUCUCGGAGACUACAGACCAAACCAGUCAUUACUUGCUUCAAGAGCGUCCUCUUGAUCUACACUUUCAUCUUCUGGAUCACUGGUGUUAUCCUUCUUGCCGUUGGUAUUUGGGGCAAGGUGAGCCUGGAGAAUUAUUUUUCCCUUUUGAAUGAGAAGGCCACCAAUGUCCCCUUCGUGCUCAUUGGUACUGGUACUGUCAUUAUUCUGUUGGGCACCUUUGGCUGUUUUGCUACCUGCCGAGCUUCUGCAUGGAUGUUAAAACUGUAUGCAAUGUUUCUGACUCUCAUUUUUUUGGUUGAACUGGUCGCUGCCAUCGUAGGAUUUGUUUUCAGACAUGAGAUUAAGAACAGUUUUAAGAAUAAUUAUGAGAAAAUUUUAAAGCAGUAUAACUCUACGGGAGAUUAUAGAAGCGAUGCAGUAGACAAGAUUCAAAAUAAGUUGCAUUGUUGUGGUGUCACCGACUAUAGAGAUUGGAAGGAUACUAAUUAUUACUCAGAAAAAGGAUUUCCCAAGAGUUGCUGCAAACUUGAAAAUUGUUCUCCACAGAGAGAUGCAGAUAAAGUAAAUAGUGAAGGUUGUUUUAUAAAGGUGAUGACCAUUAUAGAGUCAGAAAUGGGAGUGGUUGCCGGAAUUUCUUUUGGAGUUGCUUGCUUCCAGCUGAUUGGAAUCUUUCUAGCCUAUUGUCUCUCUCGCGCCAUAACAAAUAACCAGUAUGAGAUAGUGUAAACAGCAAACCACGGGCCUAUUCCUCUUCAAGUUUAAGGACAUUUACAUUCCCCCCCUGUGAGCUAUGAAAUUGCCUGGUUGGAAGACUUCCUACUACCGCUUACAAUAGACCAAAAACUUACAGCAGUAGUCUGAUUCAAUCAAGACGUGUUCAGUUUAAGUCCACCUUUUGUCCCAUUGAUGUUAGAUCAUUGAAACCCCUGUAUCACUGUGAAACACUGGAAAAGCUAGUAAAUUGUAAAUGAUGCAAUAC